AUUCCUUGCCUCCUCAUCAAGAAACCCUAAUCGCCUGCGCUUCCCUCUUUUUUUCUGAUUCCAUCGUCGUUAGCUUUCUGGUUUUUGUGGAGGUGAUCAACAGAAGCAGCGAUGGCGGAUGUUGAGACGUUUGCGUUCCAGGCUGAGAUAAACCAGUUGCUCAGCCUCAUCAUCAACACGUUUUACUCCAACAAGGAGAUCUUCUUAAGAGAACUCAUCAGCAACGCCUCUGAUGUAUGCAUCAUAUCCACGCCCCCCUUCCCUUUCUUUCUCUUUUUCUCUCGUAUUAUCUCUCUCUCUGUUCGCUUUUGUGAGUUUGAAGUUGAUGAGUUUUGUAUGUUUGGUGCUGUGCUGCAGGCCCUGGACAAGAUCCGGUUUGAGAGUCUCACUGACAAGAGCAAGCUCGAUGCUCAGCCUGAGCUCUUCAUCCACAUUGUCCCUGACAAGGCCAGCAACACUCUCUCCAUCAUCGACAGUGGCAUUGGCAUGACCAAGGCUGAUCUGGUGAACAAUUUGGGGACAAUCGCAAGGUCAGGAACCAAAGAGUUCAUGGAGGCUCUGGCCGCCGGUGCUGAUGUGAGCAUGAUUGGUCAGUUUGGAGUGGGUUUCUAUUCUGCUUAUUUGGUCGCUGAGAAGGUCAUUGUCACCACUAAGCACAAUGAUGACGAACAGUACGUUUGGGAGUCUCAGGCUGGGGGUUCCUUCACUGUUACCAGGGACUCCUCUGGCGAGAGCCUUGGCAGGGGAACCAAAAUCACCCUCUUCUUGAAGGAGGAUCAGUUGGAGUACCUUGAGGAGAGGCGUUUGAAGGAUCUCGUAAAGAAGCAUUCAGAAUUUAUCAGUUAUCCCAUUUCCCUUUGGACUGAGAAGACUACUGAGAAGGAGGUCUCUGAUGAUGAAGAUGAUGAGGAGAAAGAGAAGAAGGAUGAGGAAGGAAAGGUUGAGGAAGUGGAUGAGGAGAAGGAAGAGAAAAAGAAGAAGAAGAUCAAGGAGGUGUCCCAUGAAUGGGCAGUCGUUAACAAACAGAAACCCAUAUGGAUGAGGAAGCCUGAAGAGAUCGUCAAGGAGGAGUAUGCGGCCUUCUACAAGAGCCUCACGAAUGACUGGGAGGAGCACCUUGCAGUCAAGCACUUCUCUGUGGAGGGGCAGCUUGAGUUCAAGGCUGUCCUCUUUGUGCCCAAGAGGGCUCCUUUCGAUCUCUUUGACACCAGGAAGAAGCUCAACAACAUCAAGCUUUAUGUGAGGCGUGUCUUCAUCAUGGACAACUGUGAGGAGUUGAUCCCCGAGUACCUUAGCUUCGUGAAGGGAAUUGUGGACUCGGAGGACCUCCCAUUGAACAUCUCCCGAGAGAUGCUUCAGCAGAACAAGAUCCUGAAGGUGAUCAGGAAGAACCUUGUCAAGAAGUGCGUCGAACUCUUCUUUGAGGUUGCUGAGAACAAGGAAGACUACGACAAAUUCUACGAGUCCUUCUCCAAGAACAUCAAGCUCGGCAUCCAUGAGGACACACAGAACAGGUCAAAGCUUGCUGACCUGCUGAGGUACCACUCCACCAAGAGCGGGGAUGAAAUGACAAGCCUUAAGGACUAUGUCACCAGGAUGAAGGAAGGCCAGAGCGAGAUCUACUACAUCACUGGAGAGAGCAAGAAGGCAGUUGAGAACUCUCCUUUUCUUGAGAGGCUGAAGAAGAAGGGGUAUGAGGUGCUCUACAUGGUGGAUGCCAUUGACGAGUAUGCCGUGGGCCAAUUGAAGGAGUAUGAAGGGAAGAAGCUAGUCUCUGCGACAAAGGAGGGGUUAAAACUUGAUGAAAGUGAGGAUGAGAAGAAGAAGAAGGAAAGCCUCAUGGCCAAGUUUGAGGGGCUUUGCAAGGUGAUCAAGGACAUUUUGGGCGACAAGGUGGAGAAGGUGGUGGUCUCUGACCGUGUGGUGGACUCCCCAUGCUGCCUUGUCACUGGGGAGUAUGGGUGGACGGCCAACAUGGAAAGAAUCAUGAAAGCUCAGGCCCUGAGGGACAGCAACAUGUCAGGCUACAUGUCCAGCAAGAAGACAAUGGAGAUCAACCCUGAGAAUGCCAUCAUGGAGGAGCUCAGGAAGAGGGCAGAUGUCGACAAGAAUGACAAGUCCGUCAAGGAUUUGGUGUUGCUCCUUUUUGAGACUGCUCUCCUCACCUCUGGGUUCAGCCUGGAUGACCCCAACACUUUUGGUAACAGGAUCCACCGCAUGCUCAAGCUGGGCCUGAGCAUCGAUGAGGAUGACACUGCUGCAGAACAGGACUCUGACAUGCCUCCUCUUGAAGAUAUUGAUGCUGAGGGCAGCAAGAUGGAGGAGGUCGACUAAACUUGUGGUGGCUGGACGCAUUUUGCUUGCUCUUGCGUUUUGCUUUUUUAUUUUUAUUACUUUUAAAUACUGAAGCAUGGGUAAAACGGAUUCCUGGAAUAUUGCUUUAAUUUUGAUGAUAAUUAUAGCUUUAGACGUGGUAGUUUCAGUUUAUGACUCAUUUUAUUUCUCCCUAAUGUGGACCUGAUUUUGAGAUAUUUCGGUAGAACUCAUGUUUUGGUUUUAGUAGGUUUGCUUUGACAAUGAAUAUAUGUUUCUGAGUUUCCAAUUA